UGGUGGAAUGCUUUUGGUGGACUUAGCAUUGAGCUUCAAACACUAGCAAUGCGCAUCACAAGCCUUUGUUGUUCAUCUUCCGGUUGUGAGCGCAAUUGGAGCACAUUUGAGUUUAUCCAUACAAAGAAAAGAAACCGCUUAGAGCAUAAGAGAUUGAACGACUUGGUCUAUGUUCAAUACAAUCGUAAAAUUGCAAGUAGGUUUCAAAAGAUGCGUGAAGAAGGGUCCAACUUUAAUCCAUUGGUCUUAGAAGAGUUCCAAUGGGACAAUGAAUGGAUUAAUGGUGGUGAAUCUAAUGAUGAUGUUCAUCCCGGAGGUAUCUUUCAGGGAGGCAUGUUAAUGAAGCAAUUGGUGCAUCAAACAACCUUGAGGGCUCUCAUCUUUCUACGAGAGCUCACGCAGGGGAAGUUUCACGUGCACAAGUGUUGAGCUAUUCACGACGCCGCAAUGCUUCUACUAGUACUUCUGGUUCUAGGAUAGAUGAGGAAGAACAAAAUGAAGAAGAGCAUUUUCCUAAUGAUGAUGAAGACAUUGAAGAUGAUGAUGAUGUUCAAGAUGAUGAUGACCAAGUGGGAAAUGAAGAUAAUAAUGAUGACAAUGAGGGAGAAAGAAAUAUUGAUGACUUCUUGAUGGACC